CCCCGCUCGCCGCGCAUGCGCUCCAUGUCAGCGGUUUCCGGGAAGAUGGCGGCGUGGAGAGCUGCGCUGGUGGUGGGCACCCGAGCUCCGCUGAGGGGACGGCUGCUCGGGCCGCGGCCCGCCCGGAGUCAGCGACGCCCGCCCGGCUGGAGGAUGGCCGCUGCCGCCGCCCUGCUCGGGGGAGGCUCGGUGGCGGCGUGCUGCGGCGGCUGGGGACCGCCGGGGGCGGGCGCGUUCCUCACCGUUCUGGCUCAGAAGGAAGAUGUUGCAAAUGCAGAAAUGGCUGAAAGACUGUCACUUCGGAAGAAUCGCUUUAUGCAUUUUGCAUCACUGGAGUAUGAAGGAGAAUAUUACAUGACACCACGAGAUUUCUUGUUUUCAGUAAUGUUUGAUCAAGUGCAACGUAAAAGCUCGGCCAAGAAACUGACAAAAAAGGAGGUGGAUGCUGCACUGCUGUGUGUUACAAAAGCUAAACCAGGACCGACCUUUUUUAGAGAGCUUGGUGAUAAAGGGCUGAUAUCUUAUGCAGAGUACCUGUUUUUGCUGACGAUCCUUACAAAACCCCAGACUGGGUUUCAGAUUGCUUUUAAAAUGUUAGAUACGGAUGGCAAUGAGCAAGUUGAAAAGAAAGAAUUUUUUAAGAUGCAGAGAAUCAUUGGAAAAGAAGAUGAUUUGAAAACAGCUGGAGAUGAAACCGUAUUUCAGGAAGCCGAAUUGGAAAGCUGUGGUGUUAAUACCAUGCUGCUGGUGCAUUUCUUUGGAAAAGAAGGAAAGGAAAAACUUCGCUAUUCUGAGUUUUUCAGGUUCAUGGAAAAUUUGCAAACAGAAGUGCAAGAAAUGGAAUUCAUACAGUUUUCCAAGGGAUUGAAUGUCAUGAGAAAGGAGGACUUUGCAGAAUGGCUACUGUAUUUCACUGACGAGGAAAAUAAUGAAAUUUACUGGCAAAACGUGAAAGACAGAUUUGAAGCAGGAGAGAAUAUCAGUCUGGAGGAAUUCAAGACUUUCUGCAAGUUUACAAACAACUUAGAAGACUUUUCUAUUGCCAUGCAGAUGUUCACUGUAGCCAACCGUCCCGUUAAGCGAGCUGAGUUCAAGAGAGCAGUGAAGGUGGCGACAGGACAGGAGCUCUCAGAUAAUAUUCUGGAUACCAUCUUCAAGAUUUUUGAUCUCGAUGGAGAUGACUGCCUCAGCCACAGCGAGUUCCUCGGUGUCCUGAAGAAGCGAAUUCAUCGAGGUUUGAGGGUACCACAACAGCAAGGCAUUCAAGGGUACUGGAAGUGCGUGAAAAGGGAAAGCAUUAAAGGAGCAAAAGAAUUGUGGAAGCAAAGUGGGAAAAGUCCUUUUUAAAAGUGUCCAUUAUUGCUGGUUUGCUGUAAAUGUUGUGUAGGGUUUUUUUUGUCUGUCCUGUUUACAUAAAAGCUGAAUCAAAAAUACUUUUUUUUACUACAGCUGAGCUAAAUUAACCCAAUAUCUAAUGCAAAAAAAAAAAAAAAAAAAAAAAAAAAAUUAUAUCGUUCUAGUGUAAUCAGUUGGGUUUACAGAAUUGUUAUCAUGUUUGACCUCCCUACAGAAAUACUCUUGUUCUAGGGAAUAAUGCUAUUUAUUUUUUUGUGGAGUCUGACCCUGCACUGUGACCUCUGGGAUGCAUAGGAUUUAAUAGUGGCCACUGGCUGGAACAAUCCAACAGUAUCAUCUCCUGGUGGAAGAAUGGCCAUCAUCUCAUCCGGCCACUGA